AUGGUGGCACCAACAGCUUUACCACCUGCUACAUUCCGGGUGCAUAUUCCAAGCAGUGAUGGCAAUGGCAGCAAAAGUUCCAGUUUGGUUCUCUUCGUUGGCAUAUCCGUGGGCUCAUUAAUCGUGUUAAUUAUAAUCGUGCUCAUCGUUGUCUUGUGUGCACUAUCAAACAGGAAGAGGAAGACAACAGUCCAGGAAACUGGUGCGUAAUCACAGAAGUUAUUUCAAUUAUUUCAACUACUUAUUUAACUGGAUUCUGUCGUACCUAUUUUAUGUGCUCGCCUGCAAAAAAGUAAAUUGCGGUCUAUUAUGUUGAAGAUAAGAUUUUUCUCCUUUUACUUGGGAAAAGAAUGGUAUUGGCAUGUGUUGAAAAUGACAAGGAUCACAAUACCUAAGUUAUAUAUGGCCCCUUCCUCAGCUAUAAUAUAUAUAUAUAUAUAUAUAUCUAGAGAGAGAGAGAGAGAGAAAGAGAGAGGGUGGUACACAUACGACCUAGUGUGGGUCUAACGGUACCAUUAUCUUUAACAGCCCACCAGCAUAGUGACAUAAUAUUGGGCUUGUUCAAAUUGACCUUCCAACAACUUGCAACUGGGAUGUGAAGCCACCAUUCUUUGGACUGGAACAUCCGAAGAACAAGUUUAGUUCUGAUGCUUCAGAAUAUGUUCGGUAGGAGCUCUCUUCAGUAAAGGCACACCUCUUACUAUCUUCAGUUAGACUCACGGCAGUAGGCCCGCUGACUUUUUCCAAGUCAAUCAUAUUCUUUGCGAUCCAGAUUUCUGGAUAAGGAAUGAAUAACUCUUUAAUCAGAAGGAAUGAAUCACUCCUUUUGAUCUCCUAUUCUUCAUUUUACCGUUUCUCCUUUGCUGAUUUUUUGGAAUAAAAUGCUCCUACACUGAUUGAAUUAUAAUAUAACUCUGCAGUGAAGCCAGUAGCCACUGCAGAUUCCAUCUCAAUCGAAGGUUCUCUUCGUCACCCGAGUAGCACACGAUUUCUUCCAUAUGAAGAGCUUAAAGAAGCUACGAAUAACUUCGAAUCCGGGAGCGUGCUUGGAGAAGGAGGAUUCGGCCGUGUCUUCAAGGGCCUGUUGAGCGAUGGAACUCCAGUGGCCAUCAAGAAGCUCACGGGUGGCGGGCACCAAGGGGACAAGGAGUUCGUGGUUGAGGUGGAGAUGCUUAGCAGACUGCAUCAUCGUAAUCUUGUCAAGCUUGUGGGCUACUACAGCAGCCGGGACUCCUCGCAGCAUCUCCUCUGCUACGAGCUGGUUCCCAAUGGAAGCUUGGAGGGCUGGCUCCAUGGUAGUACAUAUUUUUCAGACAAUUUUCUUCCAUGUGAGCGGGCUAGCUAGGCUUUUACCUGGUGUUCUGUUCUUGUUGUGACCUGAUUUUUCCACAGUGUGCUGUUGAUGAUCUUCUGCGUUUUCAUAUGAAUAAUUCACAUCGACAGGUCCCCUGGGAAUCAAUUGCCCGCUGGAUUGGGACACGAGGAUGAAGAUUGCCCUCGAUGCUGCCCGAGGCCUGGCAUAUCUGCACGAGGAUUCUCAGCCAUGUGUUAUCCACAGGGACUUCAAGGCUUCCAAUAUACUGCUCGAGAACAACUUCCAUGCAAAGGUCUCUGACUUCGGUCUGGCCAAGCAAGCCCCCGAGGGCCGAGCAAAUUAUCUCUCUACCCGUGUGAUGGGCACUUUUGGGUCAGUCUCUCUCUCCUCUACUCUAUCCGUCAGUCAUUAUCUCUCUACUCUCUCUCUCUCUCUCUCUCUCUUUUUAACAAUGCUAAUAGUUUAGAUGAGGAUGAUGUGAAUGCGUUCAUAAAAUCACAGUAUCAUACUCAUGUCUGUAUGUCAAUCAGGUACGUGGCUCCUGAAUAUGCGAUGACGGGGCAUCUCCUAGUGAAGAGUGACGUGUACAGCUAUGGUGUCGUCCUGCUGGAGCUGCUGACUGGACGGAAGCCUGUGGACAUGUCACAGCCGUCUGGCCAGGAGAAUCUUGUGACCUGGGUCAGCCUCCUCUCUCUCUCUCUCUCUCUCUCUCUGCUCAUAGUCAGUAUCUUAGUAAGUGGCGUAUGUUCCCUGCAGGCUCGGCCUAUCCUUCGUGAUAAGGACCGGUUGGAGGAUCUUGCGGACCCCAAGCUGGCCGGUAAGUACCCAAGAGACGAUUUUCUUCGAGUGUGCACCAUUGCAGCCGCCUGCGUGGCCUCGGAGGCGAGCCAGAGGCCAACAAUGGGGGAGGUCGUUCAGUCCCUUAAGAUGGUCCAGCGGGUCACCGAGCAGCCGCCGCCGCCGCCGCCCGCGGCCGUCUCUUCCUCUUCUGCCCGGCCCAAUCUCCGACAGUCCUCCACCACCUACGAGUCAGAUUGCACCUCCUCCAUGUUCUCUUCUGGGCCCUUCUCCGGCCUGAGCCUCCUCGACAACGACAAUAUAUCGAGAACCGGUGUGGUCUCGGAAGAUCUCCACGAGGGGCGGUGA